UCGUUUUCCUCGCAAUUCAGUCAAAGCUUCGUCCGAGGUCGGUUCGUAAAUUUUCUCGCCCAAAACAAAAAUAGCAUCCAAACGGUUUGAAUCGCGCUCGAAAGUGGUCCAAUUGUUGCGCAAAGUGCCAAUCGAAAGUUGUGGAAUCGAAUGGUACCAGAGUGAUUCGCCGGAAUCGUGAUUUUAUAGUGGAAAAAUCGUUUUCAAGUUCGGUCGCUUCUCGGUAGAGCUCAGCAGCAGCAAAAAUGAUGGAAAAAUUCAAGUCGUCUUUGUACAUCUAUAUGUAGCUGUGGUGGAUCCAGUUGCUACGGUUGUGUGCGUGUGUCUUGUGGGUUUGUUUCAUUCAAGAAAGUCGUCACACCUGAAGAGUGGAAGAGAGGAGAGGAGUAUUGCGUGUGUUGACAAAAAUAUUCAAGAUCGCUCGCCGAAAAUAUGCUUUGAUUGUGUGCGCGUUUUUGUGUAUUAUGACUCAAAGCUAGAGCAGAAAGCCGAAGCGUGUUAGUGGAGGCAAAAAAGUGACGCGGUAGUUUGUGAAUGUUUUAUAGACGAAUAUAAAGGGGGAAAAAGUACGAUAGCCAGAAGAAAGUUUAGGAAGUGAAGCAGAAAUCACUGCACAUCAUCAGAGAGAACGUGGCGCUUUUAACAAGUGAAAGAAUUGAAGAAGAACAAACGAGUUGAACUCGACAGUGUACUGGAGCAAAAAAGACCCUAAAGGAUUUUAAUAGUGAUUGGUUUGUUUUACAUUUCCGACGAACAGAGUGUCUGAACUUCCCCAGCGGUAAGCUUGUAAAGUUACCGCCAAGUAUCGAUCCAUAUUAAAUGUGCCCGCAGCGUACGCAGAACUUCAGAAGUCGCCGUAUCGCCAGUACCAAGAUAUUAAAGAAGAGACUCUGUGUCCACCCGACGACCAUGUUCAGAAUCGCCAGAGUCAACAACAGCUUAAUAAGAGAGCGAUCGCCCAAGAUGGUCAAGUACUCAGUUCCGCAGUUGUUGGCCGCUACGAGUGUGCACCACCAUUGUUGUUAAACGAGUUAUCUCCGCUGUGUGGAGGAUUUUGCUGCUGUAAACAGCAAACUAGCUUAGUUUUGUAAGCAUAAAGGCAUCGUUCGAGGGUGUAGAAAAUUGUUCAAAAUAAAUUUAAAAUCAACUACUUAUCCGCUACUAUAAAAAAACCGUUACAUAAGCAAGAAGUCUCUAAAAAAUACCAAUACCACUUCUAAAGGUCAAGCUCGCCACAAAACAAACACCUACAUUUUCCCAUCAAUUCAUCGCAUAGCGCACAGUCGCAACCGAUUGGUCAAAAUGAAACUUCUGGAGAGCACUAGUUUUGAGGCGAUCAACAACGCCCUUCAUAUCAUGACCGGCGACACUACGAUUCACGGUCGUAUCGAGAGCUAUUCCUGCAAGAUGGCCGGCAACGAUAAGGCUCUGUACAAGCGGUUCACCUCGGAGCAGGCGCCCACCGAUUUGCAGGCCCUUUCGCCGCCGCAAACCCUGCAGGAUUUUUCGCCCCAGCUGCUCCGUAGUUCGCUGUCCGGAGACGAAGGGGCCACCCUGUGCGAUACCAUCUCGCGCAAGACCCUGUUCUAUCUGAUUGCAACGCUCAACUCGGCCUUCGAGCCGGACUACGAUUUCAGCGAUGCGAAGAGCCACGAGUUCAGCAAGGAACCUUCGCUCCAGUGGGUUCUCAACUCGAUCGAGGGCAACCUCUCGGCAGUGGCCGGCGAGCAGUAUCACAAGAUCCGCUCCGCCCUCUGGUCCACGAUCGAGGAUGAGAUUUCCCUCAACGACUGUGACAUCUACAGCUACAAUCCGGAUCUGAACUCGGACCCAUUUGGGGAACCGGGCUGCCUGUGGUCGUUCAACUACUUCUUCUACAACAAGAAGCUGAAGCGUAUCGUCUUCUUCACUUGCCGGGCCAUCAAUUCGGUUUACGCUGAUUCUGGCUUCAGCAGUGACUUCGCUAUGGAGGAGGAAGAAUGCUACUAAACAACCGAAAGAAACAGAGCAAAAAAUAUAUAUCACAGACCUUAUCCGAAAAAAAAUAAUGAUUUGGUAGGAAUUCCGAUAAAUUUACGACACUCUGAAACUCUUUAUGAACAAUUCUUGUAUUGGACUUCGUGUUUUUUUUUCUUUUCAUAUUAUGGGACAGGAUAUUUUUGUGUUAUCGUGUAGGGAAGCGUAGCUCAGAACAGAUUUACAACAAUUUAUCGUUUUUUUCCUAAAUUGAACACGCAAUAGAAAUGUUUGUUUUUUUUUCCUGAAUUGUUCGUUUAAAGCAGACAAUAGUUUUCAGUGUUCGAACUUUUUUUUAUUACAUUUAAACAGAUAACGAAAACACAGAAAAAAGUAAUAAUUAAUCAAUCUAACAAGUUUGUCCCGUUUUACUACACAUAAUACUAAAAACAAUUAUAAUGAAAUAUUUUAAUGAUUAAAGUUGACUUGAAAACAAGAUAAACAAUAGCGUAACAAGAUUUUGAACAAUUUUUGUAACACACCACACAGCACAGCACCGUUACGUGAAGGCAGGUGAGAGCUGCGGUGUGAGAAUUUACGUAACCGUGAGUGCGCGAUGCCGGCAAUGUGUAGCCAACUGGAACCAUCAAACAAAGAGUUUUUCAUUUCUAGAUUUUUAGGGCAUAACAAAACUACGAUGAUCUAUGAAUGCGAGCACAUACAUUGGCGCCCAAACACAGGGGGGGCAAGUCUCUUAACUCGCACGCACGCAAUUUCCAUACCACUCGAUCUGAAUUCGAUUGCGGUUAAAAAUGAGGACUGCUUGCUCGGUGUGCUUGCUGAGGCCAGAGUUACAUACAUUAUACAAUUAACUGAACUUUAAAGAACAAAACGCGUUUGAGACUGCAGUGGAGCGAAAUUUAGAAGCUUCUCGGGAAAUUAGGGCAUAGUGCAGAAUUGAAAAAUAAAUAAAAUAUAUACAUGAAAAGAUGAAACAAAAAAAUAUUAGAUUGUAAGCGUGAAAAAUAUCCGAUGCGAAGAUGCGCGUACCUGAGACGGUUGGCUAAAAUUCGUUCCAGUCUGCAGUCGCCAGUUGGUGAAAUUGCCCCUGUUUUUGGUGGCUGACGAGUUGCUUUUCUGCCUUACAAAAUCGAACGCACGCGAACGGGGUAAUGGGGGGAAUCGGGGGGAGGGAAAGGAAUCAUUCGGAAAUCGUCAAAAAUUCAUGGAAUCGCAGAAAAGCUUCACCCUAGGGAUGUUAGGAGAAGGUCCUCCGGUAGGCCGGAUUGCUCCCUAGUGUGGAUAUUCGUCGGCCACCAUCAACAGUACUCUAGUACACUCAGUAGGAUAGGGCGGUAGGAAUCGUUGAGUUCGUCCGCUUCCCAGCAUUGUGGCCGGGGGCGGAGCCGCACGUGAGAACUAUUUUAUUGACUGUACUCUGUGAUAUUAGCUUUGUAAGAGAGAACACAAUUCUUAUGUAGUAGUAGGCAACAGUGAAUUAGUACUAUUAAGAGGUUUUUGCGCUUUAACUGGAUGUGAAAUGAUUUGUUUUACCCCUUUUUUACAUGAAUGAACUAGACAAACUUACUUUGAUUCGAUCCGUUGAAAUUGUGAACCAGAAAGAUCAUUGGGUAAUGUUUAACCAGAAGUUGCACAAGCUCUACCUUCAAAAAGAAACCCAUCAGUGUAACAUACCUUAUCGUUUGAUAUAGAAAGACGGACGUCCACUCUUCCCCUAAAUGGGAUUGUGUGGAAAAUUGUCUGUGAAGAAAGUUGUAAGCAAUUGGAGCAAGUCCCAAUUCAAUUAGAAGUGGAAACAACGAAGUGAAUGUCCUAAUAUUUACGGGAUUUUCACCAGUAAAUCAUAAACGGUAAGAUCGAAAACAUUGCUUCAAAUGUAGGACAAUGGGUGGCUAGUGUCCAUAAAAUUUGAUAGUUUGAUAAUCGGAUAUUCCUGAAACGCAAAGUCUGCGAAGUUACACUCAAAUGUUCAAAGAAGAUGCAGCGAUGGUCAGAGAAUAAUUAAUCAUCCGAUACAUACCAAUUCGUCAACUCGUUACUGAUUCUAUCUGAGCAGAACGUUAUAUCUAACACUUCUUCUAUAGUAGAUAUCAUGAAGGCUGGGCAAUUGCCUAUAUUAAGUAAUCCACGAUCUGUACUACUAAAGUAUUCGAUCAGAUUAGAGCCUCACAAAUUAAUAUCUUAGCUUCCCCUGAUAAUGCGAUUAGCGUUAGCAUCACUACCUGGAAGGCCUUUUGCUACGCAAUGUACAACAUCUUUUUUGAACUCAUCCGCUGGAGAUGUCUGUGUUAAAUAGUUCAAGUUUCACGAAAUCACUUUUAAGAACGAAUUUAGUUUCUGGUACAAUGCUUUCUGGUUCACUUUGAUACGAAUAUAAAUUAUAAAUUUUAAAACAAGUUCUAUGUUUCAGAAGCCAAGGGAUCAGAUCUCUUCAGCAGCGAAGUUUACCGACUAGGCUGAGAAAUCACUUCAACGGAGAUCCUCAUCGAUCGAAUGGUGAAUGGCUCAAAUAGCCUCAUGCAAGGCAAAUGCCCAUACCAGCAAAAGGCAAUGCUCUCGAAAAUUUAGUACUCAACCGGUCCCAAUGACAGACAAACAGACAGAGAGCAAUACGAUCGUACCCGUCGUCGUAGCCAGACGGAGACGUCGACGAGCUCAAAGCGUUUCGGCGGCCGGAUUCAGCAACGCACGAAUCACGUGCCGCUGUUGCAUUACCUCCCGCCCAUCGAAUACCAACCUCCUUGUCAUCCAGCACCCAGGAACUAGCUUGUCUGCCUAAGCACGCGAUUGUGGCACGUUUUCUGCGACUGUAAGCAUAAAACAGGCGAACACACAAACUAAGAAACGCAUAUAGACAGACAUAUAGGUUGUCGACACUGCACCUAUGCAAAGCCUUUCAUGGAAUGAUAGACUUCGGUGGAGCGCUUUAUCGAUAGCGACUCGCCGUAUAAUAGCGUCGUUCGUAGCCGGCCAAUCAACCAACCAGUCCCACCGGCUUCCGAUUUCACUUUUUCCGCGUCGAAUCUGAGCUGCGAUUUUAAAACAGCUGGAGUGUUAUACACUCUAGCGUAACAAGCGAAAGAGUGCAAUAUGUUAAUAAAACCCUAUAGAAAAUGGUAUACAACCUUCGUAGCACGAACUAUUUUUUCGGAAUGCAGCGUGAUAUUCUGGUAAUGGUUGAUUGACGGCAAGAUAUAGGUCUAUUUCACAUGUCACGCUAGGACAAGCUUCAUAAGCCUACAGACUCACCAACCGUUCGGUACAACGUGGUCGUGCACCACAAUCCUAAACAAUAUGAUCUCAUAUUUAUAUUGUAAACUCUAGAACGAACCUCGAUCAAUCGGAAACACACAACCGAUUUGUGUCUGCAUCCGACAAAACAUGAGAAAUAUGAACAUAAAGGCACGUUCAGCCGUUUGGUUUCGGUAAGGAUGAUUAAAGGCAUCUCGAACUCAUUACCGCGAGACGGUGAUAAGCGCUGGAGCUUUGUCAGUUAACCGAUGAAGCCUGAUAAGGAGGGGAGGCUUGCGUAAAGCGCUUUCGCAGGUAUGACACAAGCACAGCAUUUGUAGAAAUGUCUACAGUGUUGCUGCGUGAAUUCAUUCAAAAUUACAUUUCCAGGUCAAAAAUGUAACUAAGCUGAGACUUGAUUCAACUUAAACCUUAGCCAUUGGCACCGUCGAUGCCCAAUGCUUCAUUCAUGUCGAUUUAAAUUUUAUGGUUUAUUUUUACUUUUUCAAUUUUAAGUGAUUAAUUUUCAUCAAACUAUAUCUUUAAUAUUAAAAAAAAACAGAUCUUUCUAUAACACAGACGUACAGAUUUACAUCCAUAAUAAAUGUCAAACAAAUGCACUUCCCCCUUCCGAUAAUUAUUGCACUGGAAAGGAGGGAAAUUUUGAUCGUAAUAAUGUUAUCGAAUCAGUGAGAAACAGUUAGAUAUACAUAUAGCAUUCAAGACGAUGUUAAUUGCAGAAAAAUAUAAAACACACACACCCAGAAAAAUCACUAGUAUACACUUACUACAAGCAUUGUUGUUUUAAAUGAUAAAGAAAAUAAUUCUCUUUAAUUAGAAAGUACUUUUUAUUGAAUAACACAUCAUACUACAAAGAAAGUUUAAAUGAUAAUAUACAGUGGAUAGGAAAAACAA